AUGAUCAAUUGUGCAAUAUAUUGUUUUUGUUGUAGUCAAUUGUGCAAUAUAUUCAAAGUAUACCCAGUAUUAAACAACCACCAAGCAGCCGCCUUACUCCUCCUGGGCUUCGGCGGUUUGUCCAUCCUGCUGGCCUUGAUGUACGUGGCUAUCAGGAAGCACGUGUUCCACGACGCCGAUAACCUGGACACCACCUUCGACGCCGGAGGUAAAGUGUCCACAAGCUUGACCGCCGUCACCGUGGCCUCCCAGCUGUUGUGGCCCGGGGAUCUCUUGCAGUGUGCCACCGUGGCUAUUAAGAACGGGAUCGCCGGCAGUUUCUGGUACACCAGCUGCGCGGUGGUAAACAUGAUUCUGUUUCCUGUCCUGUCGGUACAGUUCAAGACCCGAGCUCCGGGGGCCAAGACUUUCCUUCAGGUGAUCCACGCCAGGUUCGGCAAUGUGGCGCACAUCGUCUUCUGCUUCUUCGCUCUCCUCAUGAAUCUGAUGAUCACCAUAUGCCUGCUGACGGCCUCCACGGCCUUGCUGCAGGCGUUGGUCAAAGACGCCAGUGGUGAAUAUUGCGUCAUCAUUAUGGCGACUCUUUUCGGAAGCUACUCAUUCAUUGGUGGCUUAGGGUCCACAUUCUACGUGUCAUACUUCAACACAGUCAUCAUCUUCAUCUGCCUGGUGUGUUUCACCGUCAGCAUCUUCUACGACGGCGAAAAUGCCGGCACCUUCAAAGCCAUCGACUUUGUCUACGACAAGGUGCACUGCAUGACUGGGCCGGAGAAGAAUGAAGAGAGAAGCUACAUUACCUUCUGGUCAGAAGGCGCAAUCAUCUGGGCCGUCCAAGGUUUCUUUGCUACCGCCUCCAUCACCUUCUGCGACCAAGCCUCGUGGCAGAGCCGCAUAGCUGCAAAACCAGUGCAAGGAGUCCUGGGAUUCUUCGCGGCCACGUACAUCUGGUUCGCCAUCCCAUCCACCAUUGGAACCACACUGGGCCUGGCCUACCUCGCCAAAGCCAGCGACGCCAAUUCCACAUUUGCUCUGGACACUAACGAUAUUGAUCAAGGUUUGGUCACUGUUUUCAUGGCCCAGUCAGAAAUGGGACUCACCGGAAGUUACCUGGUUCUGACGAUGCUAAUUAUGGCUGUGAUGUCUUCGGGGUCUGGAGAGGUCAUGGCCGUGUCCUCAAUCAUUGUUUAUGACAUCUAUCAAACUCACAUCAGACCAUUUAAAAACCGCCACACGACCGGACAUUGCAUCCUCUGCGGAGAAGUCAAGCUUCGAGAAGUCACAUCAGAUUCAACAGAUAAGAACAACGAGGACUCGUCGAGGGCCAAGUAUUGCCAGUGCCCGCUGGUCUCCGAGUGCGCCUACUGCAAAGAGGACCACAGAAGGUUACACUCCAGCUCCGAGAAAAACCGACAACGCUUCUACAUGUGCCCUUUCCACGGAGACUACCGUUCCUACCUGGAUUCCCUGAUCACCUUCAAGUCCUGGUGCAUCCUCUGGGUCACCCUGGGACUGCUGCCAGUCGGGAUGGUGUUGCUGGUGUCCGGCGUUGACCUCAACUACGUCAUGUUGUGUGGGUUCAUUCUGACGACUCCAAGCUUCCCGCCAGCACUCAUGGCUAUCAUCUGGAGUAAGACGUCUGGAUUAGGAGUCAUUGUUGGAAGCAUCAGUGGACUGGUCGGUGGCAUCACGGCGAAUUUCAUCACAGCCUCGACCUUUGAAGGUGGUCUCAGUGACUUCCUGAAGAACACCUCUAGAGACUACUCGGUUCUGGCCGGAUCAACCACGAGUUUCGGCUUGUCUCUUGUAUUGACCAUCGUCGUGUCGCUUUUGACUAACAAAAUCAAAUGUACGAGAGACGAGCUGAUCGAGUGGCAGAAGGCGCGGGACAUCGACAACCCUCUCAGACCGUGGAAUGAGCUCUUCAAGGAGGAGUUUCCCUCUUUAAAAGAGGGAGAGAAACCGACCUAUGACGAGUUGGACAAGGUGUUCCGGACAGCCAAAUUGACCGCUUACAUUGGAGGUGCCAUCAGCCUGGUCAUCUUUAUCGUUGUCAUCCCAGGUAGCAUGGCCAGCAUGCAUGUGUUGGAGAAGACGGAGUUCCGGUCAUGGGUGGUUACCUUACAGGUUUGGGCUUUUCUGAUGGCUGCUGUAGUCAUCAUCGUCGCCCCAGUGGAAGAAAUUCUUGUCAUCUUCCAACAGAUAAGGAUAAACAUGAAGACCGCUGCCAGAAACUUCCAGUCUGACGGCAAGGACGCUAACAGCAUCCAAGAAGACGGAGCCGAUGUUGGAUUAGUUCCCUUGAAUUCAGAUAGAACUUAUGUAUAA